AGGGGGUACAUGUAAUUUCACAGUGACUGGAACAAUUGACGGCAAGUUCGACUAUGGCUACUUUGUGACUGUAAAAAUUGGUUCUCAGCUGCUUCAUGGGGUACUAUAUCAUAUUCAUCAGCAUCAAAUAGGAAGUCCUGUUCUCAAUACCCACAGGCCAGUUUCUUCUUCUCCAUUGAAUCCAGUUUUCUACAGCCCUACAACUUCUUCCAUGGCCGCCACAACCAUGGGAAAUGCCAACUUAUCUUAUAUCCCUGCACCAAGAUCUGCUGGAAGGAGACGGCGGCAUAAGAACCGUGAUCCAGCUCGGCCGAAGCCCAACCGGAGUGCAUAUAAUUUCUUCUUUGCUGAGAAGCAUUUUGAGCUCAAAACUCAAUGCCCGAACAUGGAAAGAGAGUACAGCAAGAGAAUAGGAGAGUCUUGGAAUAAACUAACUGGUGAAGAGAGGCAG